GUUCGCCAUUGGCUGUUAGAAUCCGCUCGGUACUUGGUGCCGCGUUUCAAUUUGUAAAUUGUUUUUAAAAAAAAUUGUUUUGUUAUGGAGGGGUUCAGUGAAGUGUCUGAUAAAAGAAAAUGUAAAGUGAUGACGGAGAAAGAUCUUCUUGGUAUUGCACAAAAUUUAGGUAGUGGAUGGCAGCAGCUGGCUACUGAGCUAGGACUAAAACAGGCCCAGAUUGAACAGCAAGCAGAACAAGGAGGAGCUAAUGUUGUUGAUAAGAUUCAUGGUUGCCUGAUCAAGUGGAAGCAAAAAUCUGGUCAACAAGCAACAUUCCAAGUCAUGGUGGAUGCUUUAAAGAGAGUUGAAAACUCCUGUACAUUUGACUGGGAACUAAUAGCGGAGGUAGUGAUAGGUGAGGCUGAUAAUCCAGAUGCUGGUGUACAUUCCAGGACCCAAGCCCAGGGUGUUGACAUGACUUGUGAUACUGGAGAAUCAGGACCAAGUGGUGACCAAGCAAGUUGUAAAAACCCUCCAGGUGACGAUCUGGAUAAUUUAUGUUAAGUGAAGAACAAAAGGGAUUUCUAUCAGGUACUGGUCUUACAUCGGACUCCAUAUUGAACAUCAAGUUUGUGUAGGCCAUAACCAAGGUAGAAACAAGAAAAGGGAUCCCAAAUGUUCUAUCGUUAUUCCAACAGAAGAACAAAUCAACAAUGGCAACCAGUUUUGUGUAGAAAAUUUAGGAAAACGAGGUUAUGAUGGUCUCCUAGAUUAUUUACUUUACUGAAGUCACUUGAUGCAUGUAAAACAUAAAUGUAUAUUUUAAUAAUAGCCUACCAGCAAAAACUUGCAAGUUAAUUAUUAACCUUGACCUUAAAUACGAACUGCAUUUAAAUUAAAGUGCCAAGUACAAUUUCCUUUUUUAUUAUUAUUAUUAUUAUUAUUAUUUUUUUUUUUUUAUUAUUAUUAUUAUUUUGGU